CUCAUGGCUCUGAAACUGGACAAAUUGUUAGAGGAAGAAGAUUUUAAGAUAUAUGAUCAAUAUCGUAUUCUUCAUCUCCACGAAAAAAGAGUUCGAAAAAAAGAUAUUUUCGAACAGGAUAAAGUUAUUGGCAAGGCGUUCCGUCGAAUUAUUCGUCCUCAUCACCCUGAUCGUGCUGGACGAAACAGUAAUCGAGGUUAUUUGAUAAUCAAUGCUUACAACAUCUUGAAACGACAUAAGGAAAGGUCUUUUUAUCAUGACUUAGUAGACUCUAGAAGAGAUAUCAUAACGCGUACAAAAUCUUUUCUUUGUCCUGAGUCUUGUGACAAGAAAGAAAUUCGGAAACGGCGGCUCUUGUUCGCUGGCAGUUGCAUGCUCAUUGUGGGCGGAAUGGCGUUAAGCAUAUGUUCUGGCGGACUUGGUUUACCUAUUGUCCUUUGUGCAACAGCUCCUGCAGUGUUGAUUAGUUCGGGGAAGUCUGGAUUGAAGAGAUUAUUUCAUCCGGAUACGAUUAAAAAUGGGUUAGAUUGUAAAAAGUUCUUAAAAAGUUUAUUAAUUGGAGCGGGAUCUGGUGCGAUAUCUAGUCUGGGCCCGGCAGGAAUUCCUUUUGCCCUGAGUGAACUAUUGGCCGAAGGCGUAACAAAGUUUGGUCUGUUGAGUGAAUUUAUUGAUUCCUUGCCUGGCGAUAUAAUAAACGAUAGCUGUUUUUCCUUGGUAUCCGACACAAUAAAGAAAGUAGUAAGCGAAAAGUGGAUAACUGCACGUGAGUUCGUGUUUAACUCUGUAUAUGGAGCGUUCCUGAAUCUUAAAAUGGCCGGAAAACUUCAAAGUUUUUUUAAGUUUUUCCAAGAUAAGUUGAAUCUAAUUUCAAAUGAAGAGCUCGACUUUCCUGACAACUUUGCAAACCAUACUCGUAAAGCGUUAAAGGUUACUCGUUCAGUUAUAAGCUCAAUGGCUGAAUCAAAUUCCAUUCUAUUCAAUGAUUACUGCGAAUACCCAACAAUAGAUUACACUAAAAG